GUCACUGCGUGGUUGCUUUUCACUUCCGUGUUUUGUAAAAGCAGCAAAAAACAAUGAUGGCGUCUAGUUACAACGCCAAAGACGAGGACGGAGCCGUCACCGUGUCGCUGCGGAGCAAGAAGCCGGAGAACACGGCCUUCAAGCAGCAGAGGCUGCCCGCCUGGCAGCCCAUCCUCACCGCGGGCACCGUGCUGCCGGCCUUCUUCAUCAUCGGGCUGCUCUUCAUCCCCAUCGGCAUCGGGCUGUUCGUGACGUCCAACAACAUCAAGGAGCUCGAGAUUGACUACACGGGAGCGGACAUGUCCAGUCCUUGUUUCAACUGCUCCCAGAACUUCAGCUGGAACAGCACCAGGCCUUGUACCUGCACGAUCCCCUUCUACCUGGAGCAGCCGUACGAGAGCAACGUCUACGUGUAUUACGGCCUCUCCAACUUCUACCAGAACCACCGGCGCUACGUGAAGUCGAGAGACGACAGCCAGCUGAAUGGAAACAUUAAAUCCCUGAAGGAGCCCAGUAAGGAGUGCGAGCCGUACGCUUACCAUGAAAACAAGCCGAUAGCUCCGUGUGGUGCCAUCGCCAACAGCAUGUUCAACGACACAUUGGAGCUGUUUUACAACGACCCCAACGGCACAAAGAUCCAGAUCCCUCUCAACACGACCGGCAUCGCCUGGUGGACCGACAAGCACGUGAAGUUCGGGAACCCCGGAGUCGACAACCCGAACCUUACCGCCGUCUUUCAAGGAACAACCAAGCCGGUGAACUGGCGCCGGCCCGUCUACGAGCUGGACUCGGAUCAGGACAACAACGGCUUCAUCAACGAGGACUUCAUCGUGUGGAUGAGAACCGCCGCCCUGCCCACCUUCCGCAAACUCUACCGCAUCAUCGGCAAGAAGAACGGCCUGGUUCCAACUCUGCCGCGAGGAAACUACACGCUGGAGGUCGUCUACAAUUACCCCGUCCGCAGCUUCGAGGGCAGGAAGCGGAUGAUCCUGAGCACCAUCUCCUGGAUGGGCGGCAAGAACCCGUUCCUGGGCAUCGCGUACAUCACCGUGGGCUCCGUGUGCUUCUUCCUGGGCGUCGUCCUGCUCGUCAUCCACCACAAAUGCGGCAACCGGAACAACGGUGGCGACAUUUCCAACUGAGCCGGGGCGUCCGUCCGUCCGUCCGUCAUCCAGAGACCCCCGACACUGGUACAUGAAUAUUAAAAUAUGGAAAUAAAACGGUUCUUAGGGCUUGAAGCCGCUGAUUAUUUGCCAAAGCGAACGGAAAAGUAGCCACAAAUUUACCACUUUUGACAGAUGUUCAACGUCAGACUGAUAACUGCCUUCACUGUAGAAACUGCAGUCAGAGUUUCUGGAAGAAUAAGUCAGUUUUUACUUAUAAAGCCAUGUUUACCAGCCUGAGGAGGAGUUCACAUCCUACCGUUACACACUGAUUAUUGCUCUAAUGCCAAUUCUUUCUUCCCGUACUGAUCCGAUACCAGUGCAUUACAAACAAAAAUAUAUACGUGAACAGCUGUACGCUACUCCGCCUGUGUAGAUGUGAUCGCUGACUGCUCUUAGGCCACAGAAACAUGCUUACAUCUAUUUAACAUUACCUCCUGGCAUUAAAGAGAAGCCCGCAGUUACAGAAAAUGUGAUAAAUAUAUGAAUACUUAUACAGCUCUUCAUUUUGGGAUAAAUACUGUUUGUUGCACCUCUGAGCUUCAAGCUGCUGCAGUCAAAGUGAGCUGGAGUGUCGCUCGGAGUCCCGCGUUGCAUGCUGGGUAUUUUCCGAGAUGUAAAUGUGAUCAUUGAGCUCGAGCCGCUCGUCUUUGUGCCUCGUUUCGUCUGUGACAUCAGCCCACUUUCAAACUAAAACCAAGCUUUUUGUCGUUUAAAUAAAAUGUAAAAUAAUAAUUUUAAAAAACGCAUCGAGCAAGUUCCACGUCAGAGAGAACAGAAAAGGUUUGUAGCUCGAGAGCUGUACAAUUAAUAUGUUUAAUUGUAUUUAUUUGUAGUAAAUGUUUGCAUUGUAAAGCCGGUAUUUGCACGACUGACUUCAGGGUUUAUUGUGUGUUUAAAGUUUGACGAAGUGUAAACUGAGUGAGUCUAAUGCAGGAAACUGACGCUGCGUUGUGGCUUCAUUCAUUGUCGGUAACAUGCAAUAAUAAUAACAUCAACGCAGCAUGAUAUGACUCAAUACGUGUGAUUUAAUGUGCGUUUGUCUCAUUUACAGCCAAUGCACAUCACUGUUCCACACACAUCCUGCCAUCGUUAAUACAAUAGAUGCUGUGUGUUUAAAUGUGCAAGUGACAAUGUUAGUUAUUGGUUUCUUUUAAUACAUUUCAUCCAAUCGUCUGCAAUCAUGAGACGCACUUGAUUCAACAUUUCUUUUUAUACUUCAUCUGUGUCGUGUCGUUGCUUUAAAUGAAUAAAUGUGUCGUUUAAAUUCAAACUA